CGUUCCUCCUUAAAUUUAUGUCGAGCAGCUGCAGGAGUUCUUUGUCCGGCCUGCUAAUGUCUCGAUAUUUGCCAAAUAUAUUUUUUACGGCUUGGAUGCCCUGUUCAAUGUCUAUGUUUGUGUAUAAACUGUCUAUAUCAAUUGUGAACAGAAUGGCCUCUUGGGGAAUGGUCAGAUUUUUAAUUUUUUCUAUAAAAUCAUAUGUGUCUUUCAAAUAACUAUUGUGUUUGAUGGAAAGUGGCGUUAAAUAAAAAUCAAUAAAUUCUGCCGUCCUGUAGGUUUCGCUCCCACAGUCGGAAACUAUGGGCCUGCCCGGGGGUAUGACAUGGGGCUGGCUCCAUUUGUGGGGUUCCUUGUGGAUUUUGGGGAGUAAAUAAAACCUACGAGGACGGGGAUCCGAUUCGCCCAGGAGGUAAGUAAACUGUUUAUGAUUGAUGAAUCUUUUAUUUAAUAAAUUUUUAAUGAUUUUUUCCACCAUAGGGAUUGUGUCAAGAUAAAUGGGUGCGGCCAACGGGGAGUAGUAGGUGGUGUCGUUCAGUUGUCUGGUGCCCUCCCAGACAUACUGAGACCUGUCAAAGAUGACCACAGCGCUUCCUUUGUCUGCCGGUUUGAUAACAAUGUUAUUGUUAUUUUUCAGACUCUGAAGGGCCUCAGUUUCGUCACGCGUGAGGUUGGGCGUAAUGGCGAGGGCGCAACCCGAUAGGAGCGAUGGAUGCUCGUCCGCUAGGACCAGUGUGUGGACCUCUGGAGGUAGCAGACCGGGUGAGGGCUCCCACUCGGACCGGGCGGUGAAAGGUCGCGGACCGAGGGACCCUUGCUUUUCAUAGAACACCGCGAGUUUGACACCCCUGUGGUAUUCUUGUAAGUCAAACUUCAUUUGGUGGUGCCACUCAGGACUAAGGUUGGUGGAUGGGACGAACGUGAGGCCUUUAUUGAGGAGGGAGCGCUGUGAGGAGGUAAGUGUGAAAUGUUUUGCCAAAUUUACAAUGUUUUUGUUUGUGUUUGUGGUGGUGUUGUUUGUGCUUGUGUCACCCCCCCGACAGGUCGGGUUUUUGGGGAUGCCAUGUUUAAAUGGUGAAGCCAGUGCUUCAGCAUGUUUUUGGCCGUUUCCUCGGUCCAGUGAAGGUUGUCCCUCCCCGUAGCAAACUUCUCACUGGGCUUCUGAGAAGUUAAUGAUGGGGAUGGAAAUGUCGGCGUUCGGGAACACCGUUUUGGCCACCUUUAGGGCCCUUUGGAUUUGUUUAAAGGUGGUGGCCUUCGGGUUUUGUUCCUUGUUAUUGAGGCCGAACGAUAACACCACCAUUUCCACUUCGACACUAAUCUUUGUUUUUUCUAGGAUGGCCUCUGCGUGGCGGAAGUUGGCACCUGGAUAGCUGUCCAUCUGAAGGUCCUGGAGACGGACAGGUGGAAGACGACUAAUAUUGGAGUCGCCAAUCACCAGGACCUUCUUAUCCACAGACAGGUGCCAAUCAACCAACUUGCGCGUUGUACUGAUGUGUCUAGUGGGGCCCCUGCGCGGACUGAUAGGUGUGGCUAAUUGUGUCGUGUCUGUAUCCUCUGUCGGCUGAGAGGCCGAAGCGACCGCUCUAGGCCCCUUCCGGAUUCCCGAAAAAAAUUGGGACCAGCUUGGACCCGCUUCGGGAACCGGCGUGCGUGGAGGAGGAGUGUCCACGAGGGGCACGUCCGGAAGAGGCGCGUCCGGGAGGGGCGCGUCCAGGAGGGAGGAAGUCGGCGAGGAUGGUCCCGGUAGGCCAGAACCUAGUUGAGACCAACUGGGGGGCGUGUCAGGGGGCAGCUGGGACCACCCUGGAGGCCCCUCAGGGGAUGACGCCGGCUGCUCAGGUGGCGGUGGCGCGUCCGAGACCGCAGGAGGGACCCUGACUUCGGUCUCGACCUGCGGAUGCGGCCUGGGUGGCGGGACCAGGGGAGCCUCGACAAUGGAGUUGUCGGGAGGACUGCUGCAUGGCUCCUGGGGUCGUGUCAUUCUCUGGGGCCUGGAUGGUGCCGCAGCCAGAGAAGAAGGCGACAAAACCGGGAAGGGGACCGGGGUGACCGGUCCCCUAGGACCCGGAACCGGCUCCACCACAGGGGACCAGUCCCCGACCACGGGGUCGGUCAUGGUGGACGCCGUGGCUCGCACAGGAGCGUGCAGGGUUGGAACCGGCAGGGGCAGCGGCAGCGGCAGCGGCAGCGGCAGCGGCAGCGGCGGCUGCACUACCUCCAUCACCACUCGGGUGCUGGAAGGAUCCAAGCGGACUGGUGACCCCGUCUGCUGGGAUCGUGACGGACUACCCCCCUCGUCCACGCCACGAACGUCCACACAGAUGGAGAUCACCAGACCCUCAGCCAGCCGCAGUGUCUCGGUGGUCAACCUGCGUCCCAGGUGUGUCCUGGUCCAAGCUGAGGCCACCUGGAAUGGUUCCUUCCAAUUUUGCCCAAUAAAAGCACUCAAUUUGUUGAUUUCCGAUAGCCACGCAGCACCUCCGCGUAGCUCCUGCGAGGCGGUUGUUGACGACGGUCCGCAAAAUGAUAAUCUUCGUCAUCAUAGCGGCCGUAUUGAGGUUGAGGACGAGGGGGCGGGGUACUCGUGGGAAGACCAGGACCUCCGGGGCAUCCCCUACGCCAGAGACGUCCGGAUUCCCAGUACCCAAUUUGGUCAUCCACAGGCGUUCGGCGUGUCGCCGUUGGCCUGCACUCCAUUUGGAGUCGUGCUGGAUGACACAAACCCGGACAGAAGCCCACCCGUGCCGGAGGAAGUGUUGCACCAGGUGGGUGGUGGUGUUCUUCUGUCGAGUAAUGUUGUGUCUAUGUUGGUGGAAACGGGUGGCGAUGGUGUUUCCCGUCUCCCCAACAUACAGGGCGUGGCAACGCUGGCAUCGGAUGACGUAAACGCAGUUUUUUGUGCGUGCGUCCCCCCUGCAUAG